ACUUUCCCUUCAAUUCACACCAGUUGAUGCAGCAAUGUCACUGCCCUCUCAAGCAACCAGCCAUACAGUUUCUAAAGCCAUCCACAUCGCGCGACACCAACACAAGCCAUGAUCAUUGAAUGUUACGACUAAACGCAAUCGCAUAUCAUUCGAAGCUACCCUACCAAACUACCCCAAACCUUUUCCCGUUUGGCAGCCAUCGUAUGACAGUCGCCGGGGUAUCAAUCCUUCAGCCCUACCACGGAUGUGCUUAGUCAUGAACCUACAAAUGAUGCAGCAAUCAUGAUCGACCUCCAUUCAGAUCAGUGGGCCACCCCUGAAGACUUUGAUCGAUGGCGGGACCUUAUCGUCAAACUGUACAUGGAGGAUAAUCGAGGUUUGAAGGAAGUCAAAGACAUGAUGGCGAACGAACAUGGCUUUCAUGCGACCAUGAAGAUGUACAAGUAUCGUCUAGCGAAAUGGAACAUACACAAGUACAAAAAGCAAGGCAAAGACUCGAAGAUGGGCACCAAGGCAUCAUCCACAAGUGCACAGAAAGGACGGCCGCCGCGCCUCAUCGUCGUCAGACCUUUCGAAUACGAGAAACCCACCAGGCCUAGCUCCAUUGUAGCUCGGCCGCUUGGCUUACGUGGGAGACCAGGAAACAUCGUCGCGAAACGGCAAAUGCAGACGCCAUCUUCACAACGUCUAUCUACACCCGAAGUCCUUCGCCUACCUGAGGAAGUCAUCCAGCUCUCAUUUCGGCUCGGAACAGGCUUAAUCGAUCUUGGACUCUGGAACAGCCGAACCGAAAUGGAGAACCCAGAGAGCAACAAAUGGUGGGGAAGAAUGAUACUGUCCUCACAGUUCUUCGACUUGAAAAAGUACAAGCAGGCUUUCGAGACUUUGAACACCGAGUUUGAUCGUUUCGCCUCACUCCUGGAACACCCAGACCCCGGCUUACUCCAGGGGGCUUAUCUGGCAGUACUGCAGCUGGACCCGCAAGUAGCACGACGGUUUCUGGAAUUUGCCGCGGAAAUGGCGGCCAUCAAGUUACCCGCUCUUCAUCCACUUCGGAUCUUACUAUCUAGGCUCAACCAGACGGAUAUGCAGGAACUUCGGCACUACGCCCACCAAAUCCUGGAAUCGUAUCUGGCUGCGUUGGAGACCAAGCUUGGCCCGUCAAACUCUGGAGUUCUGGUGUUAUACGAGAACCUGUACGAUACGUUGGACUUUCUGAGCCACGAGAAGGGGCUCCACUUCGUGGACCCUGGGGCGAUUCAUCAGAGACAACUGUUUCAAAUCCAAAAGCUCGAGGCUCUCGGACUCAUCCCCGAGGCCCAGUCCGCGAGGAUAGCGUUGGCUUUCGCAUUCUGGAGGCAUGGGUCAUGGGAAGAUGCAGAGCAGAUAAACGACGGUGUUCUAGAGUGGCUCCAAACGCACCCCAAAGAGCAGCAUUCGAAGAAAUUGGAUCUUUGGGAUAGCCUUUAUCUGCGAUUCCGUUGUAAGACAAAAAUUGGUACGAUGGAGGAUGUUACUCGAGUCGGUAGGGAAUAUAUUGAUACGUUAGAGCGGGACGUGGGGCCUCACAACAAGCGGGUGAUUGCAGCUAUUGGCCACUUACAGGAGUACUACAAGGACAGCGGCUAUUUGAAAGAAGCAGAAGAAUUAGAAAGUGCCAUGGAAGAGCCUCCCGAAACUGUGUAAGGAUCGGGCGUUGAAGUAAUUACAUAUUGGGGAAGAGCCACCAUUCCACAAACGUCAAGCGUCACAAAGGCAAUGAUUGUUUGUACCCAGUAAGUUAGCGAGGUGGUCUUAUUCUGGUGCACCAACGGUCCCAAGCUCCAACUCGGAC